AUGCCACCGAAAAGAGGAAGAAAAUUACGAUGGGCAACAGCCAUGACGAAAGAAGAAAAACGAAAAGAGGCAUUGGAAAGACAAUUAACGUUAAAAAGACAACAUUUAAAUCGUGAAAUCGAAAUGGGUGCAUUGAAUACAAUAAAGUAUCGUCAAUCAUGGCGAGAAUUAAUGAUGCGUGCAAAAAUGCCGAUUAUUAAAGAAGAUAUCGAGACUGCGUGGCGUACAUUUGAUCGAAUAAUCGAUAAUAAAGAUCACAGUAUUAUUUCAAUGAUUUACGAAUCCAAAAUUAAUGAAACUCUAAACGAAGCUGACAUAGAAAAUAUUGCAUUUAAAAAAAAAAGAAAUGAAGAUUUGUCACAGUUGCAAUCUAUUAUUCGUUUUAUGCAAGAACAAUUGGAUAAUUUGCUUAGUAACACUAAAAGCAAAACUAUGAGUAAGCCUAAUCAUACUAAUAAGUAUUUAAAAAAUAUUAUAAAGAGAGGAUCUCGAAUAUUUUUUUUAGAUACAAAAAAUCGAAGAAAAAUUUACGAUGCCGCUAAAGAAAAAGAUGAGAAAAAUCAACAGAUUAUAACUCAGCAAUAUGUGCGUAUUUCUGUUCUAUCUGAAACAAUUAGUAAAUUUCGCGAUAAAGUUGCUACUCAUAAAGCUAAUGUUAACAAGGAUUUCAAAGAAAUUAUGGACGAACAACAUUUCUUUUAUAAUUCUUAUUGGAUUAUGAAAAAUCGUCUUAUUUCUGAGCAGAAAGAAGAUAGAAUUCAAUUAACAACAACAACGAUCGAAUAUAAGUUAACUAAAAAUUAUUUAGAAAGAUUACUUAAAAAAGUAGAAAGUUUAUUAAGUCUUCUUUUAAUUUGUCACAAGUAUGAAACCCUCGAUGAAAAUAUUUAUUCUUAUACUAGUUAUAAGGAAUCGAGUCCUAAAAAGAUUUCAACUUUGUUCGAGUUGCAAGGAAGUGCGGAGGUAGGAUGAUACAAUUUUGAAUGAACAUAAUCGAUUAUUUCUUUUUCUUUUUCAAUUUUUUUUGACAAAUUUUUAUGAAAAAAAUGUAUAUAUUACUAACAAAUAUACCGUACAAAUACAGAUUAUAAAUAACUUCCAAGAUUUAACCAAUUUUUGGCGUCGAAUCGGUGCAGUGAGAAUUACUAUUAAAGAA